AUGUCGAUAACUACGCCCGUUACCCAGCUGCUGGGCAUCCAGCAUCCCAUCCUCCUGGCAGGCAUGGGCCAGACGUCGGGUGCUCCUCUCGCAGCCGCCGUGUCAAAUGCCGGCGGCCUCGGUGUGAUCGGCGGAGUCGGAUAUACGCCAAAGAUGCUACAGGAGAUGAUCGAUGAACUGAAAGCCGGUCUAAAGGACCCAUCUCUUCCCUUUGGCGUCGAUCUAUUGAUUCCACAAGUCGGCGGCAAUGCGCGCAAGACUAAUCUGGACUACACAAAAGGCACCCUCAACGAACUCGUGGACAUCAUCAUCGCCGGCGGCGCCAAACUCUUCGUUUCCGCCGUGGGAGUCGCCCCUAGACACGUCGUGGAUAAACUCCACAAAAACGGCGUGCUGUAUAUGAACAUGAUCGGACACCCCAAGCAUGUGCACAAAGCAUGCCAGGCUGGUGCGGACAUUAUCUGUGCCCAGGGAGGAGAGGCCGGUGGACAUACGGGCGAUACGCCGACGAGUGUCUUGAUCCCGGCCUGCGCCGACAUCGUCAAGAACUACACCUCCCCCUUAACAGGCCAACCCGUCCAACUCGUAGCAGCAGGCGGCAUCUACGACGGCCGCGGGAUCGCAGCGGCGCUGAUGCUCGGCGCCUCAGCCGUCUGGGUUGGCACACGCUUCGUCACAGCGAAAGAGUCCGGCGCCCCAGAGGUUGCAAAGAGGGCCAUUAUCGCCGCCGACUUUGACAGCACGAUCAAAUCGACCAUUUGGACCGGUCGCCCGCUGCGCGCCCUGGCCACGCCCUAUGUGCGGAACUGGGAGACGAAUAGGCGGGACGAGAUCUUGGACCUGCAAAGUAAAGGGAUCAUCGCACUGCACCAUGAAAUGGAACGGCUGGAGAAGAUCGGAGGCAUCACCGAGGAGAUUGAGGAUCAAUCCACUCUCAGGCCCAUGGGACAAGUCGCUGGACUCGUAAACACGCCAAAUCAGACCGCAGCGGAGAUCGUGGCGGAGAUGAUGGACGGUGCAGUCAAGGUGCUGAGCGGUGCUGGGGCGUAUCUGAGGCCGAGCGCCAAACUCUGA